GAUGACUGAAUAUUCCGGAUCGACAGGUUUUGCAACACGUCACGCAGGUUUCAUCUGAACUUUUAUAAUGGACCUUGUGACACAUUUAGGUGGUUGCCACUGCGGAGCUGUUAGAUUUGAAGUCUGGAGUUCCCCUGACCUCCAUGUCUUUCACUGCAACUGUAGCAUUUGCACAAAAAAACAAAACCACCAUUUCAUCGUUCCAAAAAGUCGCUUUACUCUCUUGCAGGGAGUGGACAACCUGACCACAUACACCUUUAACACUCACGUUGCUAAACACACCUUCUGUAGAACCUGUGGAGUUCAGAGUUUCUACACGCCACGAUCCAAUCCUGAUGGAUAUGGUACGACCCCAGCCUCAAGUAUUGACAUAAGACGAUCACAUCUGUCUGUUACAGUACGUGUAGAAAACAGAAAUCUUAUGAUCACAAUAGGGGGUAAAUAUUUUAAGCUGGAGACAGUUUUGUUUUGUUGUUCAGAUCUUGUUUGUUUCUGUCUGUUUACGCCCUCAGGUGUUGCUCCGCACUGUCUGGAUCCAGGGACUGUUCGCAGCAUCAUAGUGGAGAAGUUUUGCGGGGAGCAGUGGGAAGAGAGCCUGCAAGCUCACAACAGCAUCAAAGACAUGUCUAAACCUGGAGCGGACCUGCUGCAAAAAUAACUAACUAAAAAAUAGUGAAACAGCAUUCAAAUCACUCACAGCAUAUGAGUAAAAAUUAUUCAGCUAUUGCUGCUGUUAUUGUUCUUAUUGUUCGUAUUGUACUUUACUGUUCUUCUUUUGUAUUUGGUUUUUCUUUUUUUUUUGGAACGUAGUUUUUACCUUUUGUUAUACGUUCAAUAAAACUCAAAUUCAUAAUUCAAA